CAUCUCGUUUGCAAAUUCUGUUCUGAAAAAAGUAAUAAAAGAAAGUGGAACGGUCAUCGAGAAAUAAAGACUUUUGUUUUCUUUAUUCUCGUAACCUAACGGCUAUUUUGUCGUGUGUAGCUGUAAUCAUGCGGGAAAUAAUCCAAAUCCAAACCGGUCAGUGUGGGAACCAGAUUGGAGCUAAAUUCUGGGAAGUUAUUUCGAACGAACAUGGCAUUAAUUCGAAUGGCAACUAUAUUGGUGAUAGUGUCUUACAAACAGAGAGACUUAACGUCUAUUAUAAUGAAGUUGCUGGAGGCAAGUACGUCCCUCGCUCCGUUCUUGUUGAUUUGGAACCCGGCACAAUGGAUUCCAUUCGUUCAGGUUUUCACGGUCAUCUUUUUCGACCGGACAAUUUUGUGUUUGGUCAAAGUGGCGCUGGUAACAACUGGGCUAAAGGCCAUUACACAGAAGGCGCCGAUUUGGUUGAUACAGUCUUGGAUGUAGUGCAUAAAGAAGCCGAAAACUGUGACUGCCUUCAGGGUUUCCAACUGACUCAUUCCCUCGGUGGGGGAACAGGAUCCGGCAUGGGGACUUUGAUAUUAAGUAAAAUCCGUGAAGAGUAUCCGGAUAGAAUGAUGAACACUUUCUCUGUUGUCCCAUCACCGAAAGUAUCUGAUACCGUUGUGGAGCCAUACAAUGCAACACUGUCGAUACACCAACUGGUCGAAAACACCGACGAAACCUUUUGCAUCGAUAACGAGGCUUUGUAUGAUAUCUGCUAUCGUACGUUAAAACUGAAUACUCCUACAUAUGGCGACUUAAACCAUUUAGUGUCUGCCGCAAUGGCUGGUGUAACAACUUGUCUGAGGUUUCCGGGCCAGUUGAACGCUGAUCUACGUAAACUUGCUGUCAAUAUGGUACCAUUUCCCAGAUUACAUUUCUUUAUACCAGGUUUCGCCCCUCUAACAGCUCGUGGCAGCCAGCAAUACAGCUCUUUGUCUGUAGCAGAAUUAGCACAACAAAUGUUCGAUCCUAAAAAUAUGAUGACCGCCUGUGAUCCAAGACACGGUCGUUACCUGACCGUUGCCACUAUAUUUCGAGGCCGCAUAUCAAUGAGGGAAGUCGAUGAACAAAUGCUGUGCAUGCAGAAUAAGCAUAGUAGCUACUUCGUUGACUGGAUUCCAAACAACGUGAAAACGGCCGUCUGUGAUAUUGCUCCACUUGGGUUCAAGAUGUCUGGCGUAUUCAUGGGCAAUAGUACGGCUAUUCAGGAAUUAUUUUCACGCAUCUCUCAACACUUCGCUGCAAUGUUUAGGCGUAAGGCCUUUUUGCAUUGGUAUACUGGCGAAGGUAUGGAGGAGAUGGAAUUCACAGAAGCCGAAUCCAAUAUGCAUGACCUAAUAUCUGAGUACCAACAAUACCAGGAAGCUACUGUUGAAGAAGAUACCAGCGGAGAUGAAGUCUAGGCGCUUAAGAUUUGGUCGUUUAAAUUCUAAUAUAUAGCCUUAUAUUUGGUGGAUUUCGUUUUGAAUAUUAAAACUAUUUAAAAUUGCUUUUUAAAUUGUUUCGAUAUAGUAUUGCUUAAAUAAAAUAUUAAAUAAUUUUAUUCUUUAGAAAUAAAACUAUUAUUGACUUGAAUUGUC